AUGGCGCGAUUACUCUUGCCAAUAUCUCUUUUGCUGGCAAACUCAGGUCUGCUGGCCACUGCUCAGAAUCAGACUGCUGAGGGGUGGGAAGUCUUCAACAAUGGACUGACCACCGACGUGCAAUGGGAUCAUUACAGUUUCCAUGUGAACGAUCAGCGAGUCUUUGUGUUCUCUGGCGAGUUUCACUACUGGCGCAUUCCCGUUCCUGGCUUGUGGAGGGAUAUUCUGGAGAAGAUCAAAGCUGCUGGCUUCACCGGGUUCUCCAUCUACACCAGCUGGGGAUACCAUUCCCCAAACAACCACACGGUUGACUUCUCCACCGGUGCUCACAACAUCACCUCGAUCUUCGAUCUUGCGAAGGAGCUCGGUCUGUACAUCAUCGUUCGUCCCGGACCGUACGUCAACGCGGAAGCCAAUGCUGGUGGGUUCCCCUUGUGGUUGACCUCCGGUGAAUACGGAACCCUGCGGAACAAUGAUUCGCGGUAUACGGAUGCCUGGAAGCCAUACUUCGACGAGGUUUCUCAGAUCACCAGUCGCUACCAGGUCACCAAUGGCCACAACACGAUCUGCUACCAGAUCGAGAACGAGUAUGGUGACCAAUGGCUUACCGACCCAAGCCAGAGGGUUCCCAAUGAGACUGCAAUUGAUUAUAUGGAGCUCCUCGAGGCAAGCGCACGCGACAAUGGCAUCACAGUUCCCUUGACCUUCAAUGACCCCAACAUGAAUGCAAAGUCCUGGUCCAGUGACUGGUCUGAUGCUGGAGGCAAUGUUGACGUUACUGGUGUUGACUCCUACCCUUCUUGCUGGUCAUGCGAUACUAGUGUGUGCGACUCCACCAACGGCGCAUAUGUUCCUUAUCAGCUGGUCGAAUACUAUACCUACUUCCAAGAGUUCCAACCCCACAUGCCCUCGUUCCUCCCCGAGUUUCAGGGCGGCUCCUACAACCCAUGGGCUGGCCCCGAAGGUGGAUGCGGUGACGAUACCGGUGCGGACUUUGUCAACCUCUUCUACCGCUGGAACAUCGCGCAGCGGGUCACCGCCAUGAGCUUGUAUAUGCUGUACGGAGGAACCAACUGGGGUUCAAUUGCUACGCCUGUGACCGCGACCAGCUAUGACUACUCCGCGCCCAUCUCUGAGGAUCGCUCAAUUGGCUCAAAGUACUACGAGACCAAGCUGCUGUCGCUGUUCACCCGCAGUGCGGGCGACUUAACCAUGACGGACCUGGUUGGAAAUGGAACCCAGUACACCGACAACUCCCUUAUCACGACCUACGAACUCCGGAACCCUGAGACCAAUGCUGCAUUCUACGUGACGCGGCACGCGGAUUCCACCUCGGACACGAAUGAAGCUUUCAAGCUGCACCUCAACACGUCAGCUGGAAACUUGAUUGUUCCCCGCAACGGAGGCAAAAUCAGAAUCGAUGGACAUCAGUCCAAGAUCAUCGUCACGGAUUUCAACCUCGGCUCGGAGACUCUGCUGUACUCCACGGCCGAAGUGCUUACCUACUCGGUCAUCGACAAUGAGCCGACUCUUGUCCUCUGGGUGCCGACCGGCGAGUCUGGAGAGUUCGCCGUGAAGGGUGCCAAGUCCGGAUCUGUUCUCUCGAAGUGUGCGAAAUGCUCUCAGCCGACCUUCAAGCGGCAGGGAGGCAGUCUGACCGUCAGCUUCACCCAGUCUGCGGGAAUGAGUGUGCUGAACAUCGACAACAAGCUGCGCGUGGUGCUUCUGGAUCGGACCGCAGCCUAUCUCUUCUGGGCCCCUACCUUGACCGAGAAUCCUUUGGCCCCUGCCAACGAGACAGUACUCAUCCAAGGUCCCUACCUUGUCCGUUCGGUCAAGGAAGAUGGCAACACUCUUGAGAUCAAGGGUGACGCGGUCAACGCUACGGAGAUUGAAGUCUUCGCUUCCACGAAGGUCAAGAGCCUGACCUGGAACGGCAAGCAGAUCAAGUCGACCAAGACUGCCCACGGUAGUCUGCGAGCCUCUUUGGCAGCUCCCAAGGCUAUUACUCUUCCAGCUUUGACAUCCUGGAGAUCGAACGACAGCUUGCCUGAGCGUAGUGUGUCAUAUGAUGAUACUGGUGCUGCCUGGGUUGCGGCCGACCACAUGACGACCUACAACCCCCAGCCCCCGGCUACCCUUCCAGUCCUGUACGGUGAUGACUACGGUUUCCACAACGGCAUCCGUCUGUUCCGCGGAUACUUCAAUAGUUCCGCCUCCGGAGUAUUCCUCAACAUUCAAGGUGGAGACGCAUUCGGCUUCUCCGCCUGGUUGAACGGCCACUUCGUCGGCUCCUACCUCGGCAACGCUACCAUCACCCAAGCCAACAAGACCAUCACCUUCCCGGCCGAGUACCUCUCCUCCGACCCAAAGACCACCCCGAACGUCCUGCUCGUCGUCCACGACGACACCGGCCACGACGAGACCACCGGUGUCCUCAACCCCCGCGGCAUCCUCGAAGCGCGCUUGUUGUCCAACACCACCACCCCCGAAUUCUCCCACUGGCGCCUUGCCGGCACCGCGGGCGGAGAAUCCAACCUCGACCCUGUCCGCGGCGUCUACAACGAAGACGGCCUCUUCGCCGAGCGUGUCGGCUGGCACCUUCCGGACUUCGACGACAGCAAGUGGACUGUUGCUUCGUCCUCGUCGUCGUCGUCAUCCUUGUCGUUCACCGGCGCGACCAUCAAAUUCUUCCGCACCACAGUGCCCCUCCACAUCCCCACGGGACUGGACGUCUCCAUCUCGUUCGUCCUCGGCACCCCCGACGACGCUCCCAGCAACGCCUACCGCGCCCAGCUGUUCGUCAACGGCUACCAGUACGGCCGGUACUUCCCCUACAUCGGCAACCAGGUCGUCUACCCGGUCCCCGCGGGCGUGCUGGACUACAACGGCGAGAACACCAUCGCCGUGGCGGUGUGGGCGCAGACCGAGGCCGGCGCCGGGAUGACUGUGGACUGGCGCGUGAACUACGUUGCGGAUAGUUCGUUGAGUGUGGUCGAGCUGGAGACGGCGGACUUGCGGCCCGGGUGGACCGAGGUGCGCGAGAAGUAUGCUUGA